AUGUCGCCAACUAAUGAAUUAAUAAGCUCAAUAACAAUUUAUCUUGAUCUUCCCAUAUUUAUAUGUGGUACUUUGGGAAAUUUACUUAAUAUUCGUCUUCUUUGGCGAACUCGUCAAAAUUCAUGUGCAUUUAUAUUUUUGGCUUUAUCAUUUAUUAAUUGUAUUGUCUUAUUUUAUGGUUUAUUUAUAAAAAUAUUAAGUGUUGGUUUUUAUCUUGAUUGGUCAUCUGAAAAUCUUAUUUGGUGUAAAGCUCGCGCUUUUUUUGGUCAAGCUAGUUUUUUAAUAUCAUUAACAUGUACUUGCUUAGCGAGUAUUGAUCGAUUUCUUGUUAGUUGUCGUCAAGAAAAAUACAGAAAAUUAAGUCGAUUAUCAAUAGCUAUAUGGGCAGUUAUUCUGUCAACUAUAUUUUGGUUGGCUCUUUUCAUUCCAUUUGCGGUACAUGCUGAAUUAGUAAAAAGCGCUUUUACGGGUUUAUUUUCUUGUACAUAUGUUGGAAGUCAAGCUUUUGUUACUUAUCAAACAUAUUUUGCAUUUCCCGUUUAUUAUGGUUUAUUACCAAGUAUAAUUCUGACAAUAACAGGUCUUUUGACAUAUAGAAACGCAAAUAAAUUACAAAUAGGUCGUCAGCGACAAUUAGUUCAAAAACAAUUAACAAAAAUGAUGCUUAUACAAAUUCCAAUAAUACUUUUUUCAACAUUACCAUAUGUAAUAUUUACAGAAUAUUUAAUGUCUACUGCAACAAUGGUUAAAUCUACUAAUAAAAAAACUGUUGAACUUAUCAUCACAAAUAUUGUUUCAGCUACAUGUUAUAUAACAUUUGCAUGUCCAUUUUUUGUUUUUCUAGCUUCAUCAAAGUCAUUUAGAGAAGAAGCAAAAAUGUUUUUAUUAUGUCGAAAAACAACAUUAUUGAGAAUUAAUCACAUUCAACCGGAUUCCACAAUUAUUAUGGGAAAUGUACGAUCAGCAAAAGCGAGAGCUAAAUAA